CGCGGUCUGGGCAUCGCUCUUCCUUGCACGCCGAUAUGUUAUCAAGAGAAUUAGAUCCCUCAACGGCUACACAGAGUUUCGAAUCGUUCGCAAUUCAUGCAAUGCAGUCGAAGCCGGACCAUUCAUUCAAACCCCUCUCGCAAACGACCAUGUGGCACGCAUCUUCAGCCCCAGCAGUGCCAGAAGGCCAGACAUGCCAAAGACCUUCAUGCCCAGUUAUAGGCAGCUUGCCUUCGGCCAAGUUCGCCCGUCGAACAAGUCCAGGAUGUCGAGCUUGGAAGUCCAGCUAUUGUCCGCAAGUUCCCGAAGUCCCAAGAAACCCAUUCAGUCAAUGGGUUCUAGAGGCAAGCUCGCGCCCCGAGAGCUUGGAACACGAGGGCAGGGACUUCCUGAGACGGCCGAUGGUUGGAGCGGCCCAAAGACGGCCAGUCGGCUUGCGACAGAGAAUUAUCGACGGCUCUCUGCCAUGUCCCGAGCUACGGGCCCUCCUUACCGCCAGCCUAACCCCGGGCGCGGAUUGCCAAGCCAGGGCGCCGGGACCCGUUACGGCCGGUUCGGGACCAGACGCCGCACCGACAUGGAUCUCUCUUCGGCUUCGUGCAGUUAGUGGGCCUACCUACGUUUAUUCAGAACUUCAGAUGGCACCAAAUAUCGAGCCUCUGUCCACUCAUCUUUGGAUGAAUAUCCAGCACCGACUAAUCCUUGAUCCGCGCAACGGUUCAUCAUGAUUAGCAGUAUUCUCUGCCGGAGACCAAGGUGCUGCAGCAUGCCAAGCCGGGACAAGACCUACCAUCCCGGGGAUAUUCAACGGCGCAAAUGCAGCCGGUAUCAUUGGGUCCAUCUAUUGACGAACCCCCCAGCAACGUCGUUCUUCGAACCAGCGAAAUGCUUGAUUCAUGCCCGUGGUU